GCUGGAGUGCUAGCAUCACGAUUACUGGCUCUAGGUAUACUUGCCUCUGUUGUCAAGGGAUUUUGGUUUGUAGUAGCGCUCGGUAUUCAUUGGUUGUUGGCUUCUGGUUGGUUAAUCACUCGCGGGACGACGUUUUGUUCAUCUAAUUCACGAGCGUUAGGAGAACUAACCUUUGAUUUUGUAUUAGGUGCAGUUUAUUGUUUUGAUGUGGUCAAUAUUCGUGAAGGACGAAGUCGAAUAUGGUAUGGAUCAUGUUACUUAAUAUUUGGCAUUGAAAACUCGGUAUGUGCGUCAUUAUGGUGGGUAACACAUUCAUUUAUUAAUGCAAGUCUUCCAAAAGUGUGUUCAAAAAUCAACCAUCCACGUGGAACACCGUUUUACCUCCAUACACUCUUCUUAUUAUUGUGAUAUGCAGUUUUUGUAUGGGCAUAGUGAUGAUGAUCGUUUAUUACAUUACGUUUCAUCCAUCGGGAAAGAUUGAAUUAUGCAUUCCGUGUGAUGAACUGAUAAUAACUUCAGAACGGCAAGAUUCAUUAACUGUCGAUCCAAAUAUUCAACUGUCAGAGAAAACUAUCCAGUUAUCAGUGAAAUCAUAAAACGGAAAGUUUAACAAUUUGCAAGAACCAUUAACAUUCAUCAAUUUCAACACACAACAAUCACUUCCGUCUGCUGGCGAAAAAAUGAAGUCAAAGAAUUAAAACAACAGGCUUGAUGCCAUCAAUAGAUUGGCAAUGAAAAUUUUUAUAUAAUAGAAAUAUUAGUUUGCAUGUAUGACAAAACAGUUGUUCAUCAAUUUGAGUUUUUUUUUUUAAAUGAAAAUCAAUAAAGUAUGUCAGAAUAA